AUGCCGGGGUCAUCACCCAAGUUGUAUCCGACGCGCGUGGACAACGUCUUGGCACAGUGGGGCGAAGGAAGUCGUGGCGCCCUUCGGGACGCCCAUGCGAUCGCGACUAGCAUCGACCAAGCCAGUGACUACAAGCAUCUCGAACGCGCGUACGUAGAAUUUCUCGUCGCGAAGGUGAACGCAACCGACCUGGUAUUCAGUCCGCCGUCAGAGGUCGACGCACUUUGGCACAGCCAUACGAGACUACAACUCUGCAGAACGCGCCACCCCAACUGCAAAAGCUCGAAUCAUCCCAAGCGAUAGCAUUUUCAGCGGUAGUCGUGUAGUCUCGAGGCAAACCAGCGGAGGUGAGAAUACAUAGGGAUAAAAUUGUGUUAUGGUGACAUCACCAGGUCCAGGCUUUUUUGCUGCAUGGUGGAUUUGAUUCAAUCAAUGCCCGCAAAUGAUGCGAUGAAUAAUGGCCGGGAUCAAUGAAAGAAUGUGCACAGGUUCUUCUGUAACAUGUGUGUUGGCGUCGGCGUAUUCCGGCAGCUUUGUAUUUCAUAGCUCAUAUUUUGUGCACGCGCGAGUACGGGGAGUUCUGCUGCAUCUUGCAGAAAUACGGCAAGGCCGGCGGUGGCAAGGGAAAGGAGGUGAAGGACAGUUUGGUGCACCACAAGGUGCAGGCGCUGCCGGAGUCCAUCCGGUCGACUCGGCUGAAGGUGCUGGCGCAGUUUCAGAUCAGUCAUGGAAAAAAACAGUCCGAGUUGAUGGCGGAGCUCGUCGACGCCUUGAAGAAAGGCGAAACUGCCGGCGUCAGCUCCAGUGCUGGGUCAAGCAGCGGCACGGGUGCUCAACAGCGCAGAAGCAGAUCUCCGCGGCGCCGUUCUGCUGCCGACAAAACGGGUAGCAAGGAAUAUGCUGCUUAAUAAUUUCGUUUGUACAGCCAGGCGAGUAUAUUAAAGAUAAACAUAAACCCGAGCAACACGCACUGGCACUGGCUUCCAGCCACUUAACGGAUGGCGACGCACAGAAAGAGGACCAUCCAUCCACCAUACGCGUUUUUAUGCACGAUACCUAAUUGAACUUGAAGAUGAAGAUGAAAUGAAUGCACAGAUCAUCAGCGAAAUAAUGGUUACGAAACGCAACUUCACAACGUUAGGUACUUCGACCGCAGCCGGGGUUACGCUGACCAUCAAAUGCAUGACAGGGAAGAGCCCCGUCUUUCACACCAACGCAUCUGCUACAAUCGCGGCCGUCAAGGACUUCCUACAGGAGAGUGAGGGAUAUCCGCCGGAGAUGGUCCGUGUCAUCUACGCCGGCCGCCAGCUGGAGGACAGCAAGACGCUGAAGUUCUACGGCAUCGAAGGGGGCGCGUCCACGGUCCAUGCGGUCCUGAAACUGAGGGGCUGCUGAGUCGUGUGAGCACGACUGCGAGAGGAAACACAGGCGACGACCUGAUGUAGAUGAUGACUCUUAGAAACCACUUCGAAUUGGCACGAAUGUCGCUAGAAGUCACUCACUAAAGCGCGAUACUCCAACUUAAUAGUAAUAGGAAGCAGGCUGCCUGCAACAGAAUAAUAAUAAAGCUGCUGUGCUGCGGCGUAGUUGAGGCGUUAUCAAGGCGGCGGCCGGAUGUGACCUCAGCAACACCAGCGGCAAAGUAGCGACUUUACAUCACACGCUAAUCAUAGUCAAGAGAGUUUCCCGGUGCUUAAUAAUCGGAAUUUAGGUACUGCCAUCUACGCUUACCAAGUAUCUCUUUCUUGAUAAAUGCCUUUAGCAGCUAUGCUUAUUCAACUAAUGCUAAUAAAUUAUGCCCACCCGCCGUGCCGGAGCGGUGAGGUUGAGCACAGAACCGCUCUCGAUACGAUUUCAGCUACAAACUCGAUCCAAUGUUAAAUAAACUUUGCAUGCCAGAAAAAAAGACAAAUGAUGAAAAAACGGAGGUGUCGUGGUAAGUAAAAAUUAAUAAAAACUGUACGAUUUCUUUUAAAAUGUUGUAUCAAGAUGCAGACCCUAAUAUGUAUGAUCUACCUAAACAAGUAUUUGAAGUACUUCGAACGUUGCCUGAUCGUUACGGUUACAGCAAGCACAAAAGGUAUGUCGCAGCGUCUGUUUCUGUAGCCUUGAAAUGACUGCUAUGGAGGAAGCGAUAGACUGCGGGUUCGCAUAGCGUUGUCUGUAAUGCCAAAUGCGCGACGGCGACCUAUGAAAAUGCUGAAGACCGAGUCGCGCAGAAGUUAACGCGUAAGAUGAUUGCCGCGCUAAAAAUCAGUAGAUGUACAUCGCGUCGUUUAGCAAUGAACUGCAACUAGUUCUGGUUUGGUUUUUGUUUUACUUUUAGUUUCGAUACGAAGAGGUGCAAGAGCUUCUCAGGGCAGUUGUUCGUCUCAAAAUCUUUUCAGACAGAAGCGCGCAAGUAGAUGAGUGUACAUUCGUCCGAAGCGCAACCAAAGCAAAGCGAAAAUCUGAAAUAAAGACAAAGAGGCACACUGCGGAGACGAAAGAAGGCACUAUGGAACUCGAAGGCCCUCCGUGAACAAAUAAAAGAAACCGGCAACGACAUCUUUAUUAAUUUGAGGACCGAAGAGGAGCAAUACAAU